AAAUCGAUGGCGUUCAUGCUACAAAUGAUACCAAUGUAACAUCGCAUAUCUCCGUUAUACAUUCAAAUGAACUUGAAAYGGAUGACAACUGUAUGGAUACUACUAAUCAAACUACGUCGGAAGUUAUAGAGGAAAUGUGUCCUGUUCCAGUUUAUCCUAAAAUAUCUGUACGUCCUGAAUUUAGUUUUUCAAAUUCAUUUGUUAACAAAUCAAAAUGGUUUAAUGGUAAUAUCAGUGAACUUUUGAAAAUAAUGAAUGCAUCCAUGUCCAAAAGAAGUAUUGAAGGUUCCACUGUCCAAAAUAAUACAACAGUUGGUAUCAAUAUAGAAUCAUCAAAUGUUAAUGAACGCCAAAGUGCAAACAAAAACCCAWCAAAAACUAAAAAAUCUAAAUCACAAAUUGAACCUCCUCGCGUAUAUUUUACGAUUGCAAAUAAUCCUARAGAAUUUGAUAUUAAUUAUGGUUCAUCAUCGAUCUCUCGGGUAUCGAGUUCAUCAUCAAUCCCUCAGAUUUCAAACUUAUCAUCUGUCCCUAAGAAGUCAAGUUCAUCAUCGACCCCUCAGUUUUCAAGUUUAUCAUUAAUCCCUCGGAUGUCGAGUUCAUCAUCAGUCCCUAAGAAGUCAAGUUCGUCAUCAGUCCCUCAGAUUUCAAUUUUACCAUCAAUUCCUCAGAUGUCGAGUUCAUCAUCAGUUUCCAAGAAGUCAAGUUCGUCUUCAAUCCCGCAGAUUACAAUUUUCCCAUCAAUCUCUCAAAUGUCGAGUUCAUCUUCAAUUCCUCAGAUGUCGAGUUCAUCAUCAGUCCCUAAGAAGUCAUGUUCGUCAUCAUUCCCUCAGAUUUCAAUUUUACCAUCAAUUCCUCAAAUGUCGAGUACAUCAUCAGUCCCUAAGAAGUCAAGUUCGUCAUCAAUCCCUCAGAUUUCAAUUUUACCAUCAAUCUCUCAAACGUCGAGUUCGUCAUCAGUCCCUAAGGAGUCAAGUUCAUCUUCAAUUACUCAGAUGUCGAGUUCAUCAUCAGUCCCUAAGAAGUCAAGUUCGUCAUCAUUCCCUCAGAUUUCAAUUUUACCAUCAAUCCCUCAAAUGUCGAGUUCAUCUUCAAUUCCUCAGAUGUCGAGUUCAUUAUCAGUCUCUAAGAUUUCGAGGUCAUCAUCAAUCCCUCAAAUGUCAAGUUCAUCUUCAAUAUUUCAGAUUUCGAGUUCACCAGUAGUCCCUCAGUUGCCGAGUUCAUCCGCAGCUCCUAAGAAUUUAAGUGCAUCAGCAGCAGUCUCUCAGAAUUUAAGUUUAUCAACAGUUUCUCAAAAUUAUUGUCCAUAUUACAAUAAUUAUUCUUCCAUUAAUACUGGUAAUCAUCUUCCAGUAGGUUUGCAAACAGUUGUCCCUCGGAAUUACAGUUUGUAUUACAAUAAUUUGUCUUCUAAUUAUACCCAAAUACCCAUUGGUUCGCAAACAAGGCCUUCAAUUUCUAAUACUACAACACAAACAUCAAAUGCGGGAAGUACAAAUGCAACAUCUACUCAACAUCAAUUUUAUUCACGUCAACAAAAUUCAAUGCGUCAGCAUUCAAUUGCUAUGAAUUCGCAACUUCCAAAGGUAGCAAAUACAUGUACACCAAACAUGUAUCAAAAUUUGUGUAGUGAUCCAUAUUGCAGUAAAUCAAGUAUUAACCACACUCAAUACCCAAAUUCUGCCCCKUCGUAUUCACAAUCGUUGUACAAUCAUAAUAUUUCAUYAGUUACAUCGCAUCCUCAACAUUCAAAUACGCUUACAUAUCCUACCAAUUUCGCACAAUCAAUACCGAGUGAUCCAUUAGCAAAAAUCGCCGAACAAGUGGCAUCGAUGAAUACCUGUAUACAGCAACAGAAUUAUAAUUAUAAAAAUUCUUACUUGAUUCAGAAUAACUUGCAGACUCCUGAUCACAAAUCCCAG